AUGGUGCUAGCAGCUUCGCAUUUGCGAGGUUGUGGUGCAAUGGAGGAGCUGGUGGAGGAACUGAUGGACAUAGUGGGGACAUGUAGAGAUGAGCUGGUGUUGGUAAAGUACAAUAAGGGGAUGUUGGAAUUCCUUUUCCAACAAAUGGAGAAGGUUGAAUCUCAGCGGCUGCGGCUCUCAGAAGCCAGAGAGCUGCCAGAAUGGUGGAACGCAAUGAAGAGAAUAUUGCAGUCUGGUGCUGAAUUGGUCAGGAGGCACCAGGUUGUUGACUUUCUGAACCUGAACAGAAUAGCUGAAACCCGUGCAAAGGUGGAGAGAAAAUGCCAAGAUCUCAAGAUUUUGUUGGCAAAACUGCCAAUGGGCAGGAUUUUCAACAUCCAGACCUCCGUUACUGAGGUGAUUGUUGCAGAUGACCGAACUAGAUUACGAUGGCUUGUGGCAUGCUUGGCAGACAGCAAUGACAGCAAUAAUGCCUGCCAUGACAAGGCGACAGCCAAGGAACUACAGAAGUUGAGAAAAGACCAUAGUAUCUCGGACCGUGCUCAUUUAAUUCGGGAGGAGGACCUUGAGUGGUGGGAUGAACCCAUUGGCAAGGGGUUGUAUGGGGCAGUUUGGGAGGCAAGGUGGCAGGAACACAGAGUGGCUGUGAAAAAGUACCAUCAACAAUUUGGUUAUCUCAGUGAUGAGGCAAAGGCAGAAUUCUUUGCGGAGGUUGAGAUUCAUAUUAGGAUGAAGCACCCCAAUGUUCUUGCCACCCUUGCUGCCAGUGCUACAGAGGAGUGUGUAUUCACAGUUGUGGAGCUUGCCAAGACGAAUCUGAAGAAGUUGUACCAGCAAGAGAAACUGUCUGUGAGCCAGAGGAUAGGCCUAUUAACCGAAGCAGCCUAUGGCCUGAUGUAUCUGCAUGACAGGGGCCUAGUGCACCGAGAUGUAAAGAGCGAAAACUUCUUGCUGUUUGGGGAGUUUCCAGACAAUUUUGUGCUGAAGGUUUCGGAUUUUGGGCUGGCAACAAUGAAGCCAAAGACAAUGAUGACAUUGCAGCAGCCAGAGACUCUGCUAUGCGGGGCACCAGAUAUCAGCAGGGGGGAGCCACCCAGCAGGAAGUCAGAUGUAUUCAAUUUUGGCAUUGUCAUGCAUGAGGUGAUGGCCCAGCAAGCACCCUACCAACGCAAUGCUUCACAACACAAUCUCACUUCAAAGAAGAGGAAGGGAGCAAGUCCAUGCACCAUACCUGAGGACUGCCCACCUGCCUUGAUCAAAUUGAUGAGGGGCUGUGUGACCUUGAAUGCAUCCAAGAGGCCACUGUUGGUGGAGGUGCUAAAUUGCCUAACAGAACUGCGGCAUGAGUUCAACAUGCAUCCGGUCCCUCCCGAUGUUACUGAGUGGAUUGAACAGACAAAGAAUGACCUGCACCAUCACAAUCCGGAACAUAUGGCACUGCUUCAUGUGGCUGCACAAGAGGGCAAUUGUGGCGUGGGCAGUGUCCUGAUAUCCCCCCUGGGCAAUGAUGUUGAUGCCAAGGACAUGAAUGCGUGGACGCCUCUGCACUGGGCAGCCUACAAUGGCCAUGUUGACAUGGUCGCACUGCUAAUGAAGCAUGAGGCUGACAAAGAUGCAAAAAACAGGGGAGGUCAUACGCCACUACAUUUGGCCUCUUCAACAGGCCGCAAGGGUGUGGUCCAGCUCCUUCUGGAAGAGGGUGCUGACAGAGAUGCCAAGACACAGUUUGAAGAAACUGCACUGCAUUGGGCUGCCCACAAUGGUCACAAGCAUGUUGUUGCCCAGCUGAUUGACAUGGGCGCAGAUAGAAAUGCAAAAGGAGAGAGUGGAAGUACACCGUUACAUUGUGCCAUUGAGAAGGGUCACAUAGAUGUUGCCCAAGUACUUGUGGAGAGAGGUGCUGAGCUGGAUGUUGUGGACCAGUACCAGAGAACGCCACUACACAUAUCAGCUGCAUUGGGAGAUGUGGAUGUGGUGCACUUGUUGGUUACCUAUGGAGCCAACAAAGAGGCAAGGAGCUUGGGUGGAGACACCCCUCUUCACUGGGCUGCCAGGCAUAACCACGGCAAGGUGGCAGCGUUUUUGUUGCAGCAUGGGGCAACAAUGGAAGCCAGGAAUGAUUGUCGACUGACACCCCAGGAUGUUGCACGGAAAGAAGUGAAGCGGCUACUGAAAACUGGAUUCAAAACUAAAGUUGUGCGUGCAUUGAAGCACCUAUUGAACUAG